UUUCUUUCUGAAUCUAAUAUCAAUGGAAAAAUAUUCUCGUUGGAGAGAUCCUGGUACUGGUAUUCAACCUUUCCUCCCACCAGUGCCACCACGUACUGAAAACAGUCUAUUAUUAUCAUUAUCUAAUGUCAUUCAUUAUAUUGUUGGUCCUAUCCAAGGAAUUAUCAAAUUCACCCUAGUUACUAUUGUUGCCUUGCUUUACUUGAUCUUAGUUCCUCUUUUGGGUACUUUACUGAUACCAUUAAAACCUCUACAGCGUGUCUGGAAAAGGAUUUUCACUUCAGUAUGCUUAAGACUGAUCCUUUUCUUUAUGGGCUUUUUUUAUUUCAAAUCCGAACCAGUCUCUAUUCGAAAAGGUCGCAACAAGGCUUCCAAGGCUCCAGCUUUAAAGGUGAAUUCUGGUGAUAUCAUUGUUACUAAUUGGACUUCUUAUAUCGAGGUGAUCUAUCUGGCUUUUCGAUUUAAUCCUGUAUUUACCCAAGUCAUUCCAUCUGUCAACAAAGUGCGUCGGAUAUCAUUAUGGCAAGCCAUUCGAUCUUGUGUUUAUUUACCAGUGAUGACUCCUGAAGAGGCCAAUGUGAAUGAAAAUGAUCUAUAUACAGUCAAGCAAAUUUCUAGUCAAGCUAAGAACAACAAAUGGGGUCCAGUGAUCAUUUUCCCUGAAGCAACUACCUCUAAUGGUCGUGCCUUACUCAAGUUCAGUGCGCCUUUAUUCAACGAAUUCAAGCCUACGGAUCGUGAUGGUCGAUUUCAUGUUAUUGCAUUCAAAUAUGAAUACAGUUAUAUGUCUCCAACUUAUACUGUCGGCUAUCAACUUGUUCAUCUUUUAUCAUUAUGCUCACAGUUCUCCAAUACGUUACGAAUCAAGCAUUUAUUGGAUGAUGAAACACCAUGUGCAAACGAAGGUUCGGUCAACACUACUGAUUUGACGGCUUUGGCAGGAUAUGAUGAUUUAGUGGGUGGUCAAUUUUUGCUGGCUCUUGGUAAUGUGGCCCGACUUCGAAAAACAAAUCUCGACGUGAAAGACAAGCGAUCAUUUUUGGAUUACUAUUAUUCAGGAAAUAAAAAGAAACAACUCUCGAAUACAACGUCUAGAAAAAGGAAUUAGAUUAGAUUUAGUUUCAGUAUUUUGUUACCCAAAUAAAUAAAUAAGUAAUUAAUAUGUAUUCGAUACAAGAGAA